UAUUUAACUGUUAAUAUUUCAGAGAAAACGUAAUAUUUCAGAAAAAUCUCACACACAAGAUCAUAUUUCUUCUGUAGAAUAUUUUGCAGAAAUGCUAAGUUUCUGCUGAAGUCAGGCCCUGGUUCUCACAUGUUAAAAAUGUCUACAGGGAGUAUAGAAGCCUCUCCUUCUCCCUCUCCAGGCUCCUACAAUACAUCCUACACAGUUCCAGGGGGUGGAGUUCCUAAACUUGGAACACUAGUUCCUAAUAGAGUUUUUGUUGGAGGAAUAUCUUCAAGUACUACAGAAUCAGAACUUCAUCAACUGUUCUCAGAGUUCGGGAACGUGAAACAAACCAAGAUAAUCGCGGACAGAGCAGGCGUAUCUAAAGGAUACGGGUUUGUUACAUUUGAAACGGAAGAGGAGGCGAGGAGACUUCAGGCAGCAUCAGAGGACAUAGUUUUGAAAGAGAGAAAACUCAAUAUAGCGCCAGCAAUUAAAAAGCAGCAAACCUAUGGUCGAAGCUAUGAGAUGGGUCAACCUGUUAUUAAUGGAGCCAUCUACUAUCAUAAUGGGAUUCCGUACACAUAUCAGCAGAAUGGAGUUGCCAUGUUUGUAUCUGAUGGACAGCCCUGUGUAGGUGGAGGGGUUAUAUCUCCAACAGGAAAAGGAUCAGGUCUGGGUACACCCUUCUCCCUGGUGUACCCUGGUGCCCCGGGUACCAUGUUCCUACCCUCCCAGACUCAAGCUGCUGGUGUUGUUUCUCAGCAACAACUACAGUUCCAAGCUGCCACUGCCAUCAGGGAGGCUGUCCAAUCACAGACGGCUGUUGCUGGAGGAACCCCAACUGGUUCCAACCAUGCAGCUGCUUGGAGAUGGGUCAACCCACAGACCACGACGACUACGCCAGGUCCUUGUUCCCAGUCCCCUGGAUCAAACCAGUCCCUGUCUACUCAGGCCGGUCAGCAGAUCAAUCAGGCACUUAGCUUUACUCAGGAAUCAGGAGUAUGGGGUCCUGCCACCACCUACCCACAGCAAACUCAACAAUCUCUAACCAACACUCAACCUGUGUUUAUCCCUCAAACCUCGGUGUUUACACCAACUACGCCCCUAUACCCAUCACCCACCCUGGGAGCUCAGUAUCCUCCGGUCAACAUGUUCACUGUCCCUCAGCAGACUCUCUACCCGGCACAGCAGCAGCUGAUGGAUCAACCCUUCACUCAGGACGGGUUCAGUCAAGAGUCGUCUUCGUUUCCUGACUCCAGUAGCGGUCAGAAUACCGGGGAUGCCUCUAUUUAUCAGGUAACGUGAAUUUUAAAUACCCGU